GGCAUCCGUGCGUCGUUGGUCGACGUGAGCUCAGCAUCAGCUGCAGAGCUCAAAAGCCGCCAAAUUCCUUUAGGCUUCUUCUAUUUUUUUCACCUCUCAAAACAUUUUUUUUCCACACCAACCCCACCGGCAUCUCUUAAUACUUCUAUUUUGGAUUUCGUUCAAUUAUUGGUCAAUUUCUUACUCGGUGUGAGAGGAGCCCCGGAACUCCGCCGUCAAGUGACUCGCAAGUUCCCCCGCCCCGUCCUGCGUGAGGGAUGAGCGGACUGCCAGGCAGCAAGGAGCCGGUGCUUGGAUGAACCCGACGACACACCGCGAGGCUGUCGUUACCUCCGUCGAAAUGGAGCAAACGAACGUAACAGCAGAGACAACUCCACAUAAAGCACUGAACAGGAAGACAAGGCCUGAUCCAGAAGGGGAGAGCAGUCCCCAGAAGCCGACCGACAGAAUGGCGUUGCCAGCUUGGAAACUGAACACCCCAAUCAAAGCUGACGUGAUCCCGCGAACUUUCAGCUCCCCAGCGUCACCUGCCCCACGGCAGAAAAAAGACAUGGUGAAGUCAGAGGAGAGACAGCAGUUGGCUAAGGAGCGGCGAGAGGAAAAAGCCAAAUAUCUCGAAGAGCUCAGCAAGCUGCAAGCGGUGAAGAAGAGCCAGUGGCUGGAGAAAGAGGAAAGGGCGCGGCAGCUAAGGGAGCAGCAGCUGGAGGAGCGGCGCCGGAGACUGGAAGAACAACGCGUCCUGGCGGAGAAACGCCGCGCCGCCCUGGAGGAGCGACAAAAGCAGAAGCUGGAGAAGAACAAAGAACGCUACGAGGCAGCCAUUCACCGCUCCACCAAGAAGACCUGGGCUGAAAUCCGCCAACAAAGAUGGUCAUGGGCUGGCAACCAGAAUGCCAACCAGAAGGAGACCCGUAGCGUUGUACUGAGCCCAUGGGAGAGCAGCAUUGUGGACCGUCUAAUGACGCCCACCUUGUCUUUCCUGGCUCGGAGUCGCAGUGCUGCCAGUGUGCUCGCCAACGGAAAAGAUGGACAGUCACCUCUGUGCCCCCGCUCGUCUUCCGCUAGCCCCCUGACGAAGUGUGCAGACCAGCCCCACCAUCGCUGCUCUGAUCACUGGCGAGUGACAUCUAGCACGCCUGACAUCAGACAGCGCCAACACAGACGGAGCUCCACACCUAUGGACAGAACCAAAAAGGAGAAGAAAGACAAGGAGCGGGAGAAUGAAAAAGAGAAAAAUGCCCUGACAAAGGAGAGGUUCCUCAGGAAGAAGCAAUCACUUCCCAUCAUGAGACACAGAGAAGACUUGAGUCCUAUUCCACUAUCAAGAACUAGGCCUCUGUCACCGGCCGUGCCCAAGGGCAGGACUGCCUCCCCGAGCCCCGCUGCCUCCCCGAACCCGACCUCCACGCGAAGCAGACCAUCGACACCAAAGGGACAGCCCAGAAGGGCGAGGACCCCCGCCAGGGUGGACCACCGCACAUCAUCCCCCGUCCCACUGGAAAAAGUGAGAGAACAUCGCAGGUCGGCCACCCCUGAGAACAGUAGUCGACGUUCUCCUGUGGUUCCUCUCACCAGACACCCGGCAGCAGCCUCUAACAACAUCUCGGCGUCGCCGUCGCCCGAGCCACCCGUCAAGGACAUUCACUCUGUUCUUUCGCCGUCCCCGUCCUCCAAGCCCAUGGCAGGCACCAAUGACCCUGAAGAGGCAGCCCGCAUCCUGGCAGAGAAACGGCGGCAGGCACGCGAGCAACGUGAGAGGGAAGAGGUGGAGCGGCGCGAGCAGGAGGAAAAGGACAGGACCCUGAAAGAGGAGCGACUGGCAAGAGAAGCGGAGGAGAGGCGUCGGCAUGAGGAGGAGGUGCGCGCCAUGGCCGAGGAGCAGCAGAGGAGGGAUGAGGAGCAGCGGCUGAGGGAGGAGGAGGAAGCCAAGGAAAGAGCUGUGGCCGAACAGGAGGAGAACAUUCGCCUGCAAAAGCAGAAAGAAGAGGUCGAGGCGAAAGCCCGCGAGGAGGCGGAGAAGCAGCGUCUGGAGAGGGAAAAGCACUUCCAGAAGGAGGAGCAGGAGAGGCUGGAGAGGAAAAAGCGCCUAGAAGAGAUCAUGAAGAGGACACGCAAAUCAGAAGUAAGCGACAAGAAAGAGACAAAGACAGCGUCGCUGCCGCCUCAAGUGAGCGAGAAUGAGGGCAAGCGGAGCAUAGAAUGUGAAGUCAACCCGGACAACAACAAUAAGACGGAAAAUGGACACGGCAGACAAAGCCCCACGGGCCAAAGUCAUCUCGGAGCCGUCGAGCUGGGCCGAUGUGAGCCAAACGGUCUGUCGGCCAACGUGGACCCGGCGCACCUGGUGGAGGACAUCAUCAUUAACGCCGCCAAUGGAGCACGAGGGCGCUCUGAGGGCAGCGGGACCACUGACAACAUUCUGGCCUUCGAUGGAGACGAUGCGUUUGUAAAGAAAGCCCCCCCGCUUAAGACACAGCACGUCGCGGAGGUGCUGUGACAAGGUGGGGAUCCUGCUCUUGGUGAGGCCGUGCCCUGCCAAGUCUGCAGCUGCUUUUCCACAACCUGUAGGAAAAAAAGCUGUUAUUUGUCCACCAUUGGAGGUAGUAGGACAAGUGGGUACGACACCCGAAAAAGGAUGUGAAGAACCCGCGCACCUCUUUCCCAGAUAGCAUCACAACACAAACUCACAUUGUUAACUCUUAUUUAACUGGAGAGAAAUCUUAUUGUUUUUGUGACUGUGUAAAUAAAUGCGGGAAGCAACUUUGUUAGGUAAACAUGCCGACUGUUCUUAUGAUGGAUUAGAAGCAGUAAUAAUAAUAAUAACACACAGCUUCAAUACAAUGGAAGUCACACAUCUCUCAAGGGCCAAGUAGUAUUCAUAGAGAUUUAUACUUCUAUUUAAAAACAAAAAUGUUUUUUUGUUUUAAACAAUUACAAAUGUGCAUGAUCCAAGUGUUUGCUCAUCUGCUUUGGGACUGUGUGUGUUCAUACACGCUAUAAAUAUAUUG